AUGGCCGUCAACUGGGGAGGCGUGGCGGGAAUCAUCGUCUUCUACUUGUUGAUUCUGGGUGUGGGACUAUGGGCCGCCCGUAAGAGCAAGGGAUCUACGGAUCCAGAGGAGACCAUGUUGGCUGGUAGAAAUAUUGGAAUCUUUGUUGGUAUCUUCACAAUGACAGCUACUUGGGUUGGAGGAGGUUUUAUCAACGGAACGGCGGAUAGCGUAUUUUCACCCGGUUCUGGGUUGAUAUGGACUCAAGCGCCAUGGGGAUACGCCGUGAGUCUCAUACUAGGUGGGUUGUUGUUUGCCAAAACCAUGCGGGAACAAGGCUACUUCACCAUGCUAGACCCGUUCCAGCUGAAAUAUGGGUCCCGGAUGGGAGGCCUUCUGUUCCUUCCUGCCCUCACCGGAGAGCUCUUCUGGUCAGCGGCCAUUUUGAAUGCCCUAGGAUCAACAGUUAGUGUGGUGCUCGAUCUUGACAGGACAUUGUCGGUUAUUGUUUCAGCCUGUAUUGCUGUGGUGUAUACAUUCUUUGGUGGUCUUUACUCAGUUGCAUACACCGAUGUCGUGCAGCUAUUUUGCAUAUUUGUUGGCCUGUGGAUAACCGUGCCAUUUGCAAUGACCAAUGAGGCAGUGGAACCAAUAAUGAACACAACUGACCGUUGGGUCGGAACCUUGGAACCGAAGUUAGCCGGGAAUUGGGUCGACCACGGUCUCCUUCUGAUUUUUGGAGGUAUUCCAUGGCAGGCAUAUUUCCAACGGGUGCUGUCUUCUAAGACUGCUAAAGGGGCUCAAAUCCUGUCCUUCACGGCAGGCGUUGGUUGCAUCGUCAUGUCCAUUCCUUCUGUUCUUAUCGGUGCUGUUGGUGCAAGUACAGAUUGGAAUGCAACAGGGUUGAAUAUGGAGACUAUGAACCCGUACGAUCAAAGCAGUCUAGUGCUGCCAUUGGUCAUCCAGUUCUUGACUCCACCAAUCGUUUCUUUUAUCGGACUGGGAGCCGUGGCAGCUGCUGUUAUGUCAUCGGCAGAUUCGUCUCUUCUCUCGGCCAGUUCCAUGUUCUCCCGUAACGUCUACAAAUUGAUCUUUAGACCAAAGGCGAGUGAGAAUGAGUUGAUCUGGGUAAUGCGGGGAGGCAUAGUUGUCUUUGGGACUCUAGCAACGACACUGGGCCUUCUUAUCACCUCUAUUUACGACCUCUUCGUUCUGUGCUCGGAUUUUGUCUACGUGGUCCUCUUUCCUCAGCUCUUCUGCGUUGUGUAUUUCUACAAAAGCAACACAUACGGCUCUCUACUCGGCUACAUCAUUGGGCUGUUUCUACGGCUGGGUGGUGGGGAUCCAACCCUCAUGAUCCCGCCGCUUAUUAAGUACCCCUUCUUCGAUGAAACCCACGGGCAGUUGUUCCCUUUUAGGACCUUGGCAAUGCUUGUGUCCUUCGUGACCAUUCUCGUUGUGUCUUACUCCCUAGACUAUUUAUUCAGGAACAAUAAAAUACCAAUGAAAUGUGACUUCUUCAAAUGCUUUACCGUUGUUGAAGAGGAAAAACUAGCACAUCAAGACGAAAAGGAGAGUCUUCACAUGGAAAAAGUUUGCAAAGAUUUGUAA